AUAAGGGAGGAUUGUGUUAAAUUAAUAACGUAAUUUGCAUAUAAAUUAAUAAUUAGCAGCAUUACCACAAAAUCGAUCACCGGAAUCUCUCCAACCGAUUCUCUCCCCGAAAUAUUUUCCAAGAAAGUGUCGCUCGUUUUUACCAUUUUAGACACAUUAAACGCCCAAAACUCGAAACAAAUAACAUCCGAUGUGGUGGAGAUCAGCCUCUUUCAUUCUCGACAAACAACAAAACGACACCGCACAAACCAUACCUGACACCCUAACUCUCUCUUCUCCGCCUCUCUCCAUGGCCGAUACUCUCCAAAACCCUAACCCUAAUAACAUUUCCGCUUAUUAUCAGACUCGUGCGGCCCACCAUGGCGUCGUCACUAGCGACUGGCUUGCCCAGGCGCAGGCUGCUGUUGGCCGCCAUCCUGAUGAUGUCUUGCCGCCGGAACCUGAAGUAAAAGUCGCUGGAAAGCCGUUUAGUGUCAUCCAUGAGUUCAAUAACUGGAGGAACCAACCGGACUUAGCGGAGGCUGUUGCUGCGAUUAGGGCGCUUGCGGCUGUAAUUAGGAACAGUGAGGCGACUACCAUGAUGGAGCUUGAAAUCGAGCUCAAGAAGGCAUCGGAUUCGCUCAAAUCUUGGGACACAACCUCUAUCUCUCUUACAGCAGGAUGUGAUCUGUUUAUGCGGUAUGUAACCAGAACUUCUGCCUUGGAAUAUGAGGACUUCAAUUCGGCUAAAUCUCGCUUGAUUGAACGUGCAGAGAAGUUUGGAGAGAUAUCUUAUAAGGCACGCAGAAUCAUUGCAAUGCUUAGUCAAGAUUUUAUUUUUGAUGGCUGCACUAUUUUGGUGCAUGGGUUCUCCAGAGUUGUGUUGGAAGUCCUGAAGACAGCAGCUCAGAAUAAGAAACUGUUUCGAGUUUUCUGCACAGAGGGAAGGCCUGAUAGAACAGGAUUAAGGUUGUCCAACGAGUUGGCCAAGCUUGAUGUUCCUGUGAAACUCCUAAUAGACUCUGCUGUGGCAUAUUCUAUGGAUGAAGUGGACAUGGUAUUUGUUGGAGCAGAUGGAGUUGUUGAAAGUGGAGGUAUAAUCAACAUGAUGGGAACGUACCAAAUUGCACUGGUGGCUCAUAGCAUGGACAAACCUGUAUAUGUAGCUGCUGAAAGCUAUAAGUUUGCUCGUCUUUAUCCCUUAGAUCAGAAAGACAUGGCUCCUGCUUUACGGCCCAUUGAUUUUGGGGUACCCAUCCCGUCAAAGGUGGAGGUCGAAACAUCUGCCAGGGAUUAUACUCCUCCUCAAUACCUGACAUUGCUUUUUACUGAUCUUGGUGUACUCACUCCAUCUGUAGUCAGUGAUGAGCUGAUUCAGCUAUACUUAUAGUCAUGUUCUUUUUUUUUUUUUUUUUGAAAUAAACUUGUUUGGGAUUAAGGCUUAUUCUUGUUGUUUUGAAAAGAAACUUGUCACUCUACUAGUUUUAGACAUGAUACAAAUACGAAUGCAUUGUCUCUCUUGACAAUUUUGAAUCCAAUGCUUAAGCAUUCAUCUUGAAUGUAAUACAGUUCAAAUUGUGUCAUAUAGAAGGUUGUGGUUUUGUUC